GGUUAAAACACGCGCUGUUUUCGCAAAUAGAAACCUUUAGUGCUUAUCGUUUAAAUAAUUGAAAUAGACAAUGGACGAGGAGGAAUUAACGUUACCUGCGGAUACAUUGCAAAUACUCAAUGAUUUUCUGCAAGAGAAGGCACAACGCGAACGCGAAGAGUUAGAUCGUAUAGAAAACCAAGCCGGCACAGAAGCAAUGUUCGAGGAAGAUUGGCAAUUGAGUCAGUUUUGGUACAGCGAAUCAACCAAACAAGCGCUUGGAAAUGUAAUAAGAAAACUGCUGGCGGAACAAGAAAGUAAGGCAGACAAGCUGAGUUACCGCAUAGCACUACUUUCCUGCCCAUCACUAUACGACACAGUGAAGCAAGUGCACGGAAAUGUGAAAAUCUUCGAGUUCGAUAAGCGCUUCUCAGUCUAUGGUGACGAUUUUGUGUUCUAUGAUUUUAACAGCGCAGACGAAAGUGGCUACUUGGAAGAAUAUAAAGACACAUUCGAUAUUAUUGUGGCCGACCCACCAUUUCUAUCUGAAGAAUGUAUUAUGAAAAUCUCUAAAAUCAUAAAAAAAUUGCAGAAAUCGAGUACAAAAAUAAUAUUUUGCUCCGGCGCCAUUGUAGAGCCAUGGCUCACACAAAGUUUACAGCUGAAAAAGUGUUGCUUCGAGCCAGCGCAUGAACGUAACUUGGGCAACGAGUUUGUUUCGUAUGCGAAUUUCGAACUUGACAAUUACGUGCAUACAUAAUUUAGAAUU